CAGCUACAGCUAUGGAAAUAAAGUCUCUCGCUGUGUGUUUGGCUGUUUGUGCUGCAGUCUUGACAGUAUGCCAUGGCUGUUCUACAGGAAAGGAGUUCAUCACGACAUUUCUUCCUAAUUAUCAGCGCAAUGCUAGAAAAGAUCACAGACUCCAUGUUGUUCUGACUGCUCAGGACUCUGAAGCCAAUGUUCACAUCCAGGUGGCUUCGGUGGGUUUCUCCAGGCGGCUGACUCUCUCUGCAGGUGAAACCCGUUGGGUUUCUCUGCCAUGUGGAUCUGAGCUGCAGCAGCAAUUUGUUACUGAAAACUCAGCAAUUCGAAUCACAUCUAGUGCUAUAAUCUCUGUGGUCUCUUUCAACCGUCGCUACAGAACAGGAGAUGGUGCUGUGGUCUCCCCAACAAACGAGUUGGGUACUGACUACUUUGUGUACACACCCUCAGGAGGCAUGACUUGCAUGGACAGGCUACUGGCUAUUGUUAAUGGCAAUAGCCAGAACAAGAUCACUAUCUCACCUGGUGCCCCCUCUCCUACACUACCCCCGGAUCCCUGUGAAGACCUAAAAUGUCGAGUAAAGGAACGCUGUGAGAAUGGAAAAUGCGUCCAUGUCUCUACAGCAACCUGCCGUGCGAUGGGUGACCCCCACUACCAGACAUUUGAUGGCCGACGCUAUGACUUCCAGGUGAAACUCUGA